GUUGAAGGAGCCAGCGAGAGGCAGCCGGAGGAGACGGUCGAUUCCCGUGGGCGUGCGGACGCUCCAGACCAGAACUUCAUCGAGGUGGAGUUAUCAGAGGGGGACACGGAUGAAGAUGGAUUCACACGGCCACCCGCCCUUCGUCAAACAAGAAGAAAAUCAAAACCCGGGGAUGGGUCCAGACAUCCCGGCCACACGUGCCCAGGAUGUGCACAGUGACGCAGUCGUGAAGCAAGAAAAUGAUGACGGGAGUCUGGGCACCGAGACGCUGAGAAUUGUGGUGAAAACUGAAAUCGAGGAUAAUGUCUCGCGGCGCCUGAAGAUUGUUAAAGUUGAAGGGACCGCCGGCGAGAGACGGGAGGAGACGGAGGAGGAUGAUUCCGACGGGCGCCGACCCUCCGUGGAUGAGGCGCUCCUCAAGGUGGAGUUGCCAGAGGCGGACGCUUUCGCGCCUCCAGUAAGCGCGUUCGGUGGCGUGCGGCGGCGAAGGAGUUCAGCGCGCAGUGGGGAUGCCACAGAUUUGAGGAUUGUGGAAGGUGGAGGAGGUUCCGACAGGUCGGAGGAGACGGUCGAUUCCCGCGGGCGUGCGGACGCUCCGGAUCAGAACUUCAUCGAGGUGGAGUUAUCAGAGUGGGACACGGAUGAAGAUGAAGCAAGUGAAACGGAACUCCUGUUGUGCGAGGAGUGCGGGAAGGUCAGAGGCUACGCAACGAAGGCGGAAAAAGCGCAACGCAGCAGCGACGACACCCCGCGAGUCUGCGUUCGGUGCGGGAUCUCGCUCAAGGGCACCGCGCCGCGCGCGACAAUUGCCACCGACGGGAGGAAGCCGCACGUAUGCCGGGAGUGCGGGAAGGGGUUUGCAACGCUCCCAAACUUAAACAGACAUUCUCGGAGGCACGCCGGUGAAUGGCCGCCGGCGAACGCUUGCGACGAGUGCGGAAAGCGCUUCAUGCGACCCUCCAACCUGGAGAUACACGCGAGGACGCACACGGGCGAGAAGCCGUACGCGUGCGCCGAGUGCGGCAAGGCGUUCGCGCGCCGCGAGCACCUCAAGGGGCACUCGGCGACGCACACGGGCGACAGGCCGCACGCGUGCGACCAGUGCGGGAAGGGGUUCGCGCGUCGCGAGCACCUGAAGAUGCACCGCAUGACCCACACGGCCGAGAGGCCGCACGGGUGCGCCGAGUGCGGCAAGCGCUUCGCUCAGCGCUCCCAGCUGAAAGUGCACUCCGCCACGCACACGGGCGACAAGCCGCACGCGUGCCGGGAGUGCGGCAAGCGCUUCGUGCGGCCCUCCGGUUUGGAGGCGCACGCGAGGACGCACACGGGCGAGAAACCACACGCGUGCGGGGAAUGCGGCAAGCGCUUCACGCAGCGCUCCCAGCUGAACGUGCACUCCGCGAUACACACGGGCGACAAGCCGCACGCGUGCGAGGUGUGCGGCAAGUGCUUCAUACGACCUUCCGACCUGGAGGUGCACACGAGGACGCACACGGGGGAGAAGCCGCACGCGUGCGCCGAUUGCGGGAAGGCGUUCGCGCAGCGUUCGCAGCUCAACUUGCACUCUGCGACGCACACCGGCGACAAACCGCACGCGUGCGAGGAGUGCGGGAAGGGCUUCGUGCGGCGUUCCCAUUUGGUUGCGCACACGAGGUCGCACACGGGCGAGAAGCCGCACGCGUGCGCGGAGUGCGGGAAGGGUUUUGCACAUCGCUCUAAUUUGGAGAAGCACACGAAAACGCACACCCGCAGGAAGUCGCACGCGUGCAGCGUGAGGGUUCGUCUUGUACGCAAUCUAGCCGUAGAAUGUAUUUUGUCUUGUCGUUGCAUAUUGUCGCCUGCUGUGAUGCGAAUGGGGCGGAUGAGGUCCCUGCAGAGACACAGAUUUAGACAGAUGCACAGACACAGAGACGUGGAGAAAGACAAACAGAGAGACGAGGAGAGAGACAAACGCGGAAUGGAUCCACACUUCGAAUUGCCCUUCAUCAAACAAGAAUACGAAGAACAUCCAAAUCCAGUAACAGGCUCUGACUUGACUGUGAAACGUGAAUAUGCAGAUGAUGGAGCAGUUGAGGUGCAAGGAGAUGAAGCGGGUCCGGAUGAUGAGAGGUUGAGGAAAGCGGUGAAAACUGAAUUUGAGAAACAAGCCACAGAUGUGUGGAUUGUCAAAUGUGAAGGAGGUAGCAAGAGGCCAGUGGAGAUGGGCGAUUCCCGCGGAUGCGUGGAUGCUCCAGACCAGAACUUCAUCGAGGUGGAGUUGUCAGAGGAAGACACGGAUGAAGACGAAGCAAAAGACGCGGAACUCGCGUGCGAGGGGUGCGCCGGUGGCGGAGGCUUCCCGGACCUCCCCGGCGAGACGCAACGCGCCUGCGAGCGAUGCGGGAAGACGCGUGGCGGCGCCGGCCGUCGCACGACGGUCGCCGCCGACGGCACGGAACGAGGGCGCCGCAAUUCAAACGCGCGUUCCGGACCGUGCGCCGGCGCGCGGCCACACGUCUGCAGGCGUCGCGGGAAGGGCUUCGAGCAGAGUUCCCAGCCGAACGUGGGUGAGAGGCGGCACGCGUGCGGCGAUUGCGGGAAGGCGUUCGUGCGUCGCGAGCACCUGCAGUUGCACCGCAUGACGCACACGGGCGAGCGGCCUCACGCGUGCGCCGAUUGCGGGAAGGGGUUCGCCCGGCCCUCCGACUUGGAGGCGCACGCGAGGACGCACACGGGGGAGAAGCCGCACGCGUGCGCGGAGUGCGGGAAGGGCUUCGCUCAGCGCUCCAACCUGGAGACGCACUCGCGCACGCACGCGGCCGAGAAGCCGCACGUUUGCGGCGAGUGCGGCCGGGGGUUCGCGCAGCGCUCCAACCUGGAGGCGCAUUUGGCCUCGCACACGGGCGCCUGGCCCCUGACGUGCGCCAAGUGCGGCAAGGGCUUCGCCCGCCGCUCCGACCUGGAGAAGCACACGCGCAGGCACACUGGCGAGAAGCCGCACGUGUGCGAGUACUGCGGCAAGAGGUUCGCCCAGCACUCGAACCUACACACGCACCUGCGCACGCACACGGGCGAGCGGCCUCACGCGUGCGACGAGUGCGGGAAGGGCUUCGUGCGGCGUUCCCAUUUGGUUGCCCACGCGAGGACGCACACGGGCGAGAAGCCGCACGCGUGCGCGGAGUGCGGCAAGACGUUCGCGACCCCCUACACGUUAAAGAAGCAUUCCGCGGUACACGCGGGAGAAUGGUCGCACGUGUGCGCGGAGUGCGGGAAGGGGUUCGCGCAACGUUCGGAGUUCACAAAGCACGCGAGGACGCACGCCGGCGAGAAGCCGUACGCGUGCGCCGAGUGCGGCAAGGCGUUCGCCCGGCGCGAGCACCUGAAGGGGCACUCGGCGACGCACACGGGCGACAGGCCGCACGCGUGCGACGAGUGCGGGAAGGGGUUCGCGCGUCGCGAGCACCUGAAGAUGCACCGCAUGACCCACACGGCCGAGAGGCCGCACGGGUGCGCCGAGUGCGGCAAGCGCUUCGCUCAGCGCUCCCAGCUGAAAGUGCACUCCGCCACGCACACGGGCGACAAGCCGCACGCGUGCCGGGAGUGCGGCAAGCGCUUCGUGCGGCCCUCCGACCUGGAGGCGCACGGCAGGACGCACACGGGCGAGAAACCGCACGCGUGUGCCGAGUGCGGCAGGGGCUUUGCGCAGCGCUCCCAGCUGAACGUGCACUCCGCGGUACACACCGGGGAGAAGCCGCACGUCUGCGGCGAGUGCGGGAAGCGCUUCGCCCACCGCAACAAUUUGGCGAAGCACGCGCGGACGCACACGGGCGAGAGGCCGUACACGUCCGCAGAGUGCGGCAAGGGCUUUUUGCAACGCUCCCAAUUGACCCUGCACUCCGAGUCGCACGUCGGGCAGAUGACCUGAAUGUUCGAGGAGUUCGAGGAGUUUGUGUACUUUUCGAUGUAAAGCUUUCGUGACUGCAGGGAUUCAUCUUCUUGGUUCUUUCGGUAACGUCACGUAGAAGGAAAAUAAUAAAAUAAUAAAAACAUAAUAAAAUAAUUCUCACGACGUUUCGGCCACAACGCAAGCAGCCGUCUUCAAGUGGAGAACAGGUCUGUCGAGAAGGCAGAGAAAGAACCAAGAAGAUGCGUUUGUGUAUGCUGCAAAGAU